GCCCCCGAUGCGUGUCUAUGGUUUGUUCUUCUAUGGACAAAGCACCGCCCAUGUUUUUGCUCACCACUACGCAGGAAGAGUUGCUGCAGUAGCAAUCCACUGUGUGCUACGUUACCAUUACAAAUUAUUGCAUGCAAGAUCCUACCUGCUAAUGCAAAACGCGACUGAAGUCGGCAAAUCGGAACACUAGAGGACUACGAGUGUCAGAGUGGAAGGGAAACUGACGGUGCAGACUCUGAUGAUGAUGAGGAUGAUGAUGGUGAGGAUGGUGAUUCUUUGAUCAGUGGAGGAUCCAUCGUCAGUGCUGAGGCAAUAUGGGAUCAUGUCACCAUGGCCGACAGGGAGUUGGCAUUUAAGGCAGGGGAUGUCAUCAAGGUCCUCGAUGCAUCAAAUAAGGACUGGUGGUGGGGACAGAUUGAUGAUGAAGAAGGAUGGUUCCCAGCCAGCUUUGUGAGGGUUGAACCCCAGCCACCUCAACCUCACACAAAACAGGUUUUCUAUAUCAACCCAAUAGCAGCUCCAAGGUUCCAAAACACAUCUACCAAGCUCUGGGUGAACCAGGAGGAGGGCACAGCGGUAGAGACAGUUGAGGGGGCUAGUCCCAGCCCUAGUGAGGUCCAGAACGGCCAUGCAGAGGCCAGCCCCAGCAGCAGCGACUGCCUCUGCCUGGGUCAGCCUGUCCAGAACCGAGACCAGAUGAGAGCCAACGUAAUCAACGAGAUCAUGAGCACAGAGCGUCACUACAUCAAACACCUGAAGGACAUAUGUGAGGGUUACUUCCGGCAAUGUAAAAAAAGAAGAGACAUGUUCAAUGAUGACCAGUUGAAGGUCAUAUUUGGGAACAUUGAAGAUAUCUACAGAUUUCAAAUGGGCUUUGUCAGAGAUCUGGAAAAGCAGUACAACACAGAAGAACCUCAUCUCAGUGAAAUAGGUCCCUGCUUCCUUGAGCAUCAAGAUGGCUUUUGGAUCUACUCGGAAUACUGCAACAACCACGUGGAUGCCUGCAUGGAGCUAUCUCGGCUGAUGAGGGAUGGACGCUAUCAGCACUUCUUUGAGGCGUGUCGCCUGGUACAGCAGAUGAUUGACAUCGCCAUUGACGGCUUCCUGCUCACACCCGUCCAGAAGAUUUGCAAGUACCCUCUGCAGCUGGCAGAGCUGCUCAAGUACACUGUCCAGGAGCACAGUGACUACCGCUACGUGGCAGCAGCAUUGGCCGUAAUGCGGAACGUCACUCAGCAGAUUAACGAACGGAAGCGUCGCCUAGAAAACAUUGACAAGAUUGCACAGUGGCAGGCAUCUGUGCUUGACUGGGAGGGGGAGGAUAUCCUAGACAGGAGUUCAGAACUGGUGUACACCGGAGAAAUGUCAUGGAUCUACCAGCCAUAUGGGCGGAGUCAGACCAGGGUCUUCUUCCUGUUUGACCAUCAAAUGGUUCUGUGUAAAAAGGACUUAAUACGACGAGACAUUCUAUACUACAAGGGGCGCAUCAAUAUGGACAGGUACAAUGUAGUUGAUGCCGUGGAUGGGCGGGAUGAUGACUUCAACGUGAGUGUAAAGAAUGCAUUCAAGCUGAGUAAUAAGGACUCGGACGAGAUUCACAUCUUCCUGGCCAAGAAGCUAGAGGACAAACUUCGCUGGCUCAGAGCUUUCCAUGAGGAACGCAAGAUGGUGCAAGAAGAUGAAAAAAUAGGUUUUGAGAUAUCAGAGUAUCAGAAGCGACAAGCAGCACUGACAGUUCGAAAAAUGACCAAACAGAAAGGCCAUAGGUCUGUGCCCCCUGGAUACCCCCCGCCUAUGGACCCCAUGAAUCCAGGACAGUACUUGGUUGGAGACAGCAUGGAACAAUCAGAAUUUGAGAUUCCUGAACCUGAAAGGUGCAAGUCCCCCUUCUGGCAGAGCUUCAGCAGGUUAACCCCUUUUAGAAAAUAGAGAAGAUAUAUUUUGGAAAGACCACCUUAUUUUUGAGAAGCACCAUUCUAAAUAAAUGUGACUCUUUGAAGGGAAAGCUGAACACAAUAUUGUCAAACAUUUAGCUUGUGAGCAUCUCAUGAUGACUGUACUGUUAUAAUCACUUUACUUGUAUGACUGCAAUGCCAACUACCAACACAACUACCACAGCAAAUGAACACUGUUGGAACCUGAGAAAAACCAAAAUAUCAUCCUUUCUACUUAUUUGUGAGAAUAUUUUUGUGACUUCUACUAAUCCUUGGAGAGUGAGAAGGGGAACCACAGGUUUUAAGAGGGAACAAACUGAACAUUUGUGCCCACAUUUAAAAAUUAGGAAGUACUAGUCAUUGAUUAUGCCAAAUCUGGUUCUGUCCUGCAGUUCACUGUGACCUAGUGGGCAUUCUGUCUUAUGAUUUCUUUUGUAUUUUCUUGUUUUUGUUAACAAGUAUAAUGUUGGCCAAAUUCAUCAGGCUUGUAUGUAUUUGCAAGUUAAUUCUUAUUUUAUUUUUCACAAUUUAUAAUGCAUGACAAAGUCUAAUGCAGGUAUUUGUUGCAAUUAUAUAAAAUAUAUAAUUACGGGUCAAAGGAAAAAGAUCAGCAUCAACAACUUAAAAUUCAAUGUGACUCAUUUAUUUACAGUACAUCUUCUAUUGUUGACAGUUUAUGUACUGUAUAUAUAUAAUUUUUUUUUUUACAUGUAGUAAUUGCAGUCUGAAAGGACUACCAUUCGUGUUCUUCUCUAAAUCGUCAGUCACACUGAUUGUUACAGUAACGGGAUGGCAGUUUGAGACCUAAUAUUAUGACAGUACAUUCAGGUCUCAGUACAUUGCAUAGUAUUUUCUUUACCACCUAAAGCCAAUGUACAAUAUUGUGUUUAUAGUUGCACUUAUCUAAGAUGCACCUCAGAUUUAAUUAAGCAAAAUAUUCUGCUAGAAUGCCCUUUAGUAUUUUACAACAUGAAUUACACGAAGGUCUGUCAUAGGCCUGUCAUUACAUUAUUUGUUGAUAGUUCCUUAAAUUACAGGGGUUAAACCCAUAUUUAUUGGCUUUAUUUUUUAUCUGAUAUUCUUUCUUGAUAGUGAUAGCUUUAUUGGUUAGGAUCAGAAAAUAAUAAAAUUUUAGUUAAGGAAGCCAAACUUCCUUUUUUUGGUUUUCAUAGUGCCAGCACAAUUUUGUGACAUGACUGGUUAAUGCCUGUCCUUACAGGUAAAAGCCUUUACUUUUGACCUCUGCUACCUGGCUCAGAUGAAGCAGGAGAUGGGGAACAUUUCAGGAGGAUUUCAGUGUUUUGAAAACAUGCAAAAGAAAUGCUGGUGGUCUAGCUUGUUCUCUAUAUUUGUAUUCAAAUGGUAUUUUUUUUUAAAGGAUAUUUCUAUGCCUAAAAAGUAAGAUUUCAUGCAUUGCACUAACGACAGUAUAAAAGUGCAAUAUGAAAUUGUGCACUAAUAAGGAAAAAAUACUUUUGAGUAUUAAGGCAUUUUAUCUUGAUUAACUGAUACAUAUAUAUAUGAAACAUUCAUUAUUUUAUAAUAAAGUGCAUUAUAAUGAAAGAAAAACGCUUAAAAUCUGCUUUCAUAAGUUGUUUUUAUUUCUAUUUUAAUUUAUCAUUAUGGAGGAUUUGUCAUCAAGAUCUGUUACUAUGAUGUGGAAUAAAUCAAAAUGUGUCAACAUGA